UCUCUUUAGGCCAGAAUAUGAAAAGAGAGUCUGGACGAAAGGUCCAGAAAGGGAACAUAGGUGCAGCAAAGGUAAAGAUGACACCACUCCUCUCCGACUUCCCGUUACCCCAUCAUUGUCUUUCUGACUGACAUUUGUGUUAAUUGCAGUAAUGAAAAAUGCCUGCAGCCUUACAAAGUCUAAUUUUACAGGCAAUAGCAGACGUCAUCAGAACAUGCCUGGGACCAAGAGCCAUGAUGAAGGUUUGUACCAAGACACAAUUCCUGCCCCUAGAUACUUAAAUCCUAAAGUAACUCCAAAAUACAACUGGUCUAACCUUUCCCCAUCAACUAACAGAUGCUGCUAGACCCCAUGGGCGGCAUUGUCAUGACCAACGAUGGCAACGCCAUCCUCCGAGAGGUGAGAUUUCUGCACUACAUUUCUCAUAAGCACCCUUACACUGCUUUGGAAGAUGGUGAAUGUAAACAAAUUCAGGUCUGUUAAAGUUCCCUUGCUGAAGCCUAUGAAAGACUAAAGAGCUUUAGAUUUAGAACAACAGUGUUUACAUGGUAUAUCCCAAAAUGUACUAUUAUGAACAAACACAGAUCCAAGUGCAGCACCCGGCAGCCAAGUCCAUGAUUGAGAUCAGCCGCACCCAGGAUGAGGAGGUGGGAGACGGCACCACGUCAGUCAUCAUCCUCGGUAAGUGUCCCGGUAGUGGAAGUAUUUCAUUUCACGUUGAUGAUGCGUAAGAAUCAAUCCUCUAAGCCAUCGUACUGAGUGUGCACAUUUUAAAACAGCUCUUGGCUAACAUCUUGAAUCUUUUGUCUGUAUCUAGCUGGAGAGAUGUUGUCUGUAGCAGAGCAGUUCUUGGAGCAGCAGAUGCACCCCACAGUCAUCAUCAGUGCCUACAGACACGCCCUGGACGACAUGCUCGACAUGCUCAAAGACAUCAGGUAUAGAUUGUAUACACCUACAUACUCCCUGAUGAACACUCAAUUGCACAAUUUUACUCUCAGUUCUAUUGACCGACGGUCUCUGUUCCCUCCCAGCACCCCAGUGGAUGUCAAUGACCGGGCCCAGAUGCUGAAGAUCAUCAACUCUGCUAUCUGCACCAAGGCCUUGAGCCGUUGGUCUACCAUGGCGUGUAAUAUUGCCCUGGAUGCCGUGCGCACUGUGGAGUUGGAGGAGCACGGACGCAAGGAGAUCAACAUCAAGCUGUACGCUAAAGUGGAGAAGGUAAGCUUUAACGUUUGCAUGUAUCUGUUAUACGUCUUUCAGAUUGACAUCAAUAAGUAUGCCAAAGAGGUUGUGUGUGUGGUCAUUGGGAAAAUGACACACCAGGUUGGUUGAUUCCUCAUGGUUUUGCUAUGGUUAUAGGUGCCUGGUGGCUUCAUUGAGGACUCAUGUGUGCUAAAAGGCGUGAUGGUCAACAAGGACGUCACUCACCCCCGCAUGCGCAGAAUGAUCAAGAACCCCCGCAUCAUCCUGCUGGACUGCUCCCUGGAGUACAAGAAGGGCGAGAGCCAGGUACUGAAAACACAUGUACACACACUCAAUGUGUCAUUCACACAUGCACACAAAUACAUUACCAGCACACACAUGCAGUAUAAAUGUAACAGUUGCAGGUACUAUCCAAUAAAUGGUGUUCCUAUGCAGACUGACAUUGAGAUCACACGUGAGGAAGACUUUUCCAGGAUCCUUCAGAUGGAGGAAGAGUACAUCCAGACAAUCUGUGAAGACAUCAUCCGCCUCAAGCCAGACCUCAUCUUCACAGAGAAGGGCAUCUCAGGUACUACACACACAAAAUCUGAAUGUACAAUUCUAGAAACAGCUGUUAAUCCUCCAAAGCUCCCCCUGCACUGACCAGAGAAACUCCUCUCAUCCCUCCACUCUCAUCUCCCCAGACCUGGCACAGCACUAUCUGAUGAAGGCCAACAUCACAGCCAUCCGCCGCGUCAGAAAGACUGACAACAACCGCAUUUCAAGGUAAGGUCCAUUCCACACACGGUGUAGUAUUCUGAAGAUGUGGUAACUUUUUUUAAUUGUCUGUUAAAUGCCUUAAUGCUAAUAUCAUUCUCAGGGCAUGUGGGGCUCGCAUCGCCAGCCGUACAGACGAGCUGCGUGAGGAGGACGUGGGAACCGGCGCCGGCCUGUUUGAGAUCAAGAAGAUUGGAGACGAGUACUUCACCUUCGUCACAGAGUGCAAAGACCCCAAAGCCUGCACCAUCCUGCUGAGAGGAGCCAGCAAAGAGAUCCUGGCUGUACGUAACAAGUUCACCCCUCAUGCACAAAGAAUAUGGCAAGACGUCUCCGUUACAGCAGAAGGACCUCAUGCUAUCUUAUCACUCAAUGCUUCAUUGUGGAUCCAAACAGUGUUGAUAAUGUUUCUCUCUGUCCCUCAGGAGGUGGAGCGUAACUUGCAGGAUGCCAUGCAGGUGUGUCGUAACGUGCUACUGGACCCCUCUCUACUCCCUGGAGGCGGGGCGGUGGAGAUGGCCGUGUCCAAGAGGCUGAUGGAGCGUUCCAAGACCCUGACCGGGGUGGAGCAGUGGCCCUACCGCGCUGUGGCCCAGGCCCUGGAGGUUAUCCCCCGUACACUCAUCCAAAACUGUGGAGCCUCCACCAUCCGCGUGCUCACCUCCCUCAGGGUAUGUGUGUGUUUACUCUAAAAUAUGUACCUUUUUAAUUCUGUUGGGCACAGCAGAAUUUUAAAAAAAAUGAAUCUUACCCCCCCACCUCUAGGCCAAGCACACCCUGGAGGCCUGUGCAUCAUGGGGGGUGAACGGAGAGACUGGCACAUUGGCAGACAUGAUGGAGCUGGGCAUCUGUGAGCCACUGGCUGUCAAGGCCCAGACUUACAAGACUGCUGUGGAGGUAAGAGGGGCCAAUGGGCUGCUGUUGAAAGUGAUAUUCACCUCAAAUGUAUCUGCAACAAAUGCUUGAGACUAACAGUUUCAAAUAUUGUACAAGGCAUGGAUGAAUUCUGUGUUACUUUGUCAGUAGUGAAUGCAGUCAGACACCAUGCAAAAACAACAUAUUUUCACUUCUACUACUCUAAAAAGGAUGAGUGCUUCCCAGUGCCUCAUCUCCUUCACAUCAAAGUGAAUACAAUGAAACUUGGAGCACAUUUAGUGUCUAUUUUUCUUUUGUGAUUGAAUAAACAGUCACUGGUUUCAAAGUGAACCCCACUAAUGUAAUGUUGGUCUCUUCUUGCCUUUCAGACGGCCAUCUUGCUGCUCCGCAUUGAUGACAUCGUGUCUGGAAUCAAGAAGAAAGGCGAUGACCAGGCUGGAGGAGGACAGGGGGCCGAAUAGAGAGGGUGGGGAAUGGCGGAGGAAAGGAAUGGGUUGGUAGACCAGUGGGCAAACAGACUGGCAGUGUACAAGUACAGCCUACUGUUCUCUUGCGACACUAUUUUGCAAAAAGACAUAUGUUUGUCUGUGUUCUCAACCAAGAAUGUGUCGAUAGUCAAGCGUCACUCCGUAGCCAUGUAUCGCUUUUGUGAGUUAUUUUUGAUUUGCUAUAAAAUUCAAAUCGAAUGCUGUCUGACUCACUCACAGUUAAUUGUAUCUCUUAUUUUGUCAUGGCAGAUUAAAUAAACUUGAAUUUGUUUAUAGCACUGUAGUACCCAGUUAAAUGAAAACAGGUUAUACUGUUUUGAGCCUUUUGUUAAGGAUAGUUUUUCCUCAGUGAGCAACAGAUGUGGGAGAAAAAAAGAUCCUCUUCAACUUUAUUAAAGUUAAAUGCAUGAAGAAAAAAAACAUUGCAAUUCACCACAGCAUAUUGAAAUAAACAAGAUCUGCGUACACAACAGAUAAUAAAAAAUAACUUCUGGUUACAUCAAAAGGUUCUAUUUUAUCUGGGCCAUAACUCCCAUCCCUGAAUGUGUUGAAUAGGCCUUUUAGGAAGUCAUAAAACCAUGCAAUAGGAUGAAGUCAUGGUUUACCUGUUUUAGACUCAUGUUUGCAACUUUAAACUUGUCAACAGACCUUGCAAGUACAUGUAGUCCUGGGCUUCGUCUCUACGCUGACCUGAGAAGACCAUUCAAAGCAAUAGGGAGCCUACUUUGUAGACUGUCAUCUGGCCACUUCUACUUCUGUGGCUCAGUGAAUAUGCGAAACGGGAGCAAUGAAAUGCCUUUCAAGGUUUGCCUUUCCCUGCCCUGUACAGAAGCAUAUAGCAGUGUACCAAAAGCCUCAAUACACCCUAAUAAAAAAACACUCCUACUAUAUUCCUUGAUGGAUACUUUUUAAAGCUUGUUCACCUACCAAUGUAAAGGAGAUGAGAAAAGUAUUUCACAACAUUGGGUUAGUCAGUACAGCCAGGUUCCAAACCACUUGACCUGUUCUAGACAAAUCUGCAACACUGAAUAUAUCAAGCCAGUAGAAACAGCAGAAGAGUGUGGUGUCAUCCCUGGGCUCUCUCUCCAGUCUCUGGGUCGACACCGCUGUCCAGCUCUGGAGAGGAAAUCGGCACAGUCAUUCCAAAGCAAUGAAGGUAUUAGCAUGUUGAAUUUUUCCAAACUCUUCAACAGUGUGUGGGUAUGUAUCUUUUGAUUUAACUUUUUGAGCAUGAUAUGACUUUUUAAAACCUACGCACCUGUGACUGACACUGUUUAAUUAAGGAAUGAGUACAAGGCACAGACGGCACCUGCUGUUAAGUGUGUUGACUCACCCAUGCUGGCCUCACUGGGUGCUGCGGAGGGGAGGCGCCUGUGCCUGGCAGGCAGGCUGGAGGUUGGGAACCAGAGGCCCUGGAGCCAGUACAGAGGAUGGGGGGAGACUCAUGACCCCUGUAAUAGGGGCAUGGGGUUGGACCACCUCCAUAUCCACGGC